CGCACUGUGCCCUUCCUGGUCAGUCAUAACAACAGUGAUUAUCAACAGUGAUGGCGGCCGCUGCUCGGUUCUUCGUCCGCGGUGCACAACACUCCAAACUCUCCCUCUCCGGUGUUGGCACCGGACCCGGGACUCACAGCUCUUUUGCAGCCACCGUGCUCAAAUUGUCGCCGAGCUCCAACUCACGUACAAAAACACAACGCAGACAUGCGGCGCACUUUGCCUUUCAGCCUGACCCCGAACCCACACAGUACGGUCCUACCCAGAAGAUGAACUUGUUUCAGUCGGUAACAAGUGCCUUGGACAACACUCUCGCCAAUGAUCCAACAGCAGUCAUCUUUGGGGAAGACGUUGCCUUUGGUGGAGUAUUCCGAUGCACAGUCGGUCUGAGAGACAAAUAUGGUAAGGACAGAGUCUUCAACACUCCCCUUUGUGAGCAGGGGAUUGUGGGAUUCGGUAUUGGUGCAGCUGUUGCUGGUGCCACAGCCAUCGCUGAGAUCCAGUUUGCUGACUACAUCUAUCCUGCUUUUGACCAGAUAGUCAAUGAAGCAGCCAAGUACCGCUACCGCUCUGGCAACUUGUUCGACUGCGGCAACCUCACCAUUCGGGCUCCGUGGGGGUGUGUCGGCCACGGGUCACUUUACCACUCUCAAAGCCCGGAGGCCUUCUUCGCCCACUGCCCUGGCAUCAAGGUUGUAAUACCUCGUAGUCCAGUGCAGGCCAAGGGGCUGCUCCUCGCCUGCGUGGCUGACCCGAACCCCUGCAUAUUCUUUGAGCCCAAGAUCCUGUACAGAGCAGCAGUGGAGCAGGUUCCCGUGGAGCCAUACACCAUCCCACUCUCGCAGGCCGAGGUCCUACAGGAAGGAAGUGAUGUCACUCUGGUUGCCUGGGGGACACAGAUCCAUGUGAUGCGGGAGGUGGCCAAUAUGGCUCAAGAGAAACUGGGAGUGUCCUGCGAGCUCAUCGACCUACAGACCAUCCUGCCCUGGGAUGAGGAAACUGUUGUUAAGUCGGUGGUGAAAACCGGACGUUUGCUCAUCAGUCACGAAGCACCAAUAACCGGAGGCUUUGCUGCUGAAAUCAGCUCUACAGUACAGGAGCAGUGCUUCCUUAACCUGGAGGCUCCCAUCAGUAGGGUCUGCGGUUAUGACACCCCCUUCCCUCACAUCUUUGAACCCUUCUACAUCCCAGACAAGUGGAAGUGCUUUGAAGCAAUUAAGAAGAUGAUCAACUACUGAACCCGUCAGAGCCAACUUCUGGUAGCCCUGAACUCCACGCUCUCUCCUUUUCCUCUUCCUUCAUCAAAUCAGUGGAGAGCAGCCAGGAAAAGACACUUUGUUGACCAUCCAAUCAGGAAGCAGCAUCCAGAUGGGCUCCAUGUCCCCCUGGUGUCUUCCAGUACAAAGACUGUUACAGCACCUCUGCAUUAGUGAACCUCAUUCUGCUACGAAGGGAAAAAAUGACUUGAUCCGCUCUACAUGGUGAAGCUCUGCUUUGGUGUCGACACAUAAUCUGAUUUCCUCUUAAAUAAGUUGGAUACUGUUGGGAAAGCUGUCAGCUGUCUCUCUCUCUGUGCUGUUAUCUUUGAUUGACUGUGUCCAGCUCUGCUCUAAUCUUUAUUUAGUUUGACAUUAACUGAAUCUUAUAUUGUACCUAUAUAGUGUAUCUUUGGUUUUUAAGGAAAAUAAAGUAAUCCGAAUUGGUGAAAACA